UAACCAUAUAACCAUAUAACCAUAUAACAAUUACAGCACGGAAACAGGCCAUCUCGGCCCUACUAGUCCGUGCCAAACAACUUUUUUCCCCUUAGUCCCACCUGCCUGCACUUAUACCAUAACCCUCCAUUCCCUUCUCAUCCAUAUGCCUAUCCAAUUUAUUUUUAAAUGAUACCAAUGAACCUGCCUCCACCACUUCCACUGGAAGCUCAUUCCACACCACUACCACUCUCUGAGUAAAGAAGUUCCCCCUCAUAUUACCCCUAAACUUCUGUCCCUUAAUUCUGAAUGGUUAACUCUAACUCUAUUAUAACUCUAAACUCUACGGUCCCCGUAAAAUGUAUAUGCAUCGUUUCUGCACCCUCUUCUGUUUAAUGAUAUGCUUUUGAACGGGCGGGAACCAGAAACGGCUCCAAAGAUCAACUUAUUGUACGUGCAAAAUGAUGUCCCAACACAUGUACGCGAUGUGUUUAAGAAGGAACUGCAGAUGCUGGAAAAUCGAAGGUACACAAAAAAGCUGGAAGACACAAAGUCCUGUCUAAUGUUGACAAUACCAUCAUUUGCAUUUUUCACCACUGUGUGUCAACAUUCUCAAGGAAAAGUGGACUUGUACUCCUAGCUUUGUUCAUGCGUAAACAAGCCCCACCUCUCGAAUCUCUCCCUUUAACUAAAUUUAUCUAUCUCUAGCAACAUCCGGGUGAAUCUUCUCACCACCCUCUUGAACACAAUCACACCCUACAGUGACAUGACCAGAUCUGCAUACAAUACUCCAAGUGUGGCCUGACCAGUUUAGUUUAGAUAUACGGAGCGGAAACAGGUCCUUCGGCCCACGGGAAAUGGGCCGACCGCGGUUCCCCGCACGUUUACACUAUAUAACCAUAUAACCAUAUAACAAUUACAGCACGGAAACAGGCCAUCUCGACCCUACGAGUCCGUGCCGAACACAUAAUAUCCCCUAGUCCCAUAUACCUGCGCUCAGACCAUAACCCUCCAUUCCCUUCCCAUCCAUAUAACUAUCCAAUUUAUUUUUAAAUGAUAAAAACGAACCUGCCUCCACCACCUUCACUGGAAGCUCAUUCCACACAGCCACCACUCUCUGAGUAAAGAAGUUCCCCCUCAUGUUACCCCUAAACUUCAGUCUCUUAAUUCUCAAGUCAUGUCCCCUUGUUUGAAUCUUCCCUACUCUCAGUGGGAAAAGCUUUUCCACGUCAACUCUGUCUAUCCCUCUCAUCAUUUUAAAAACCUCUAUCAAGUCCCCCCUUAACCUUCUGCGCUCCAAAGAAUAAAGCCCUAACUUGUUCAACCUUUCUCUGUAACUUAGUUGCUGAAACCCAGGCAACAUUCUAGUGCUCUGCAAGGAAUAGAGUCCCAGCCUGCUCAACAUCCCCCCUUUAGCUCAGACCCUCUAACCCUGGCAACAUCCUUGUAAAGAAGGGCCUCCAAAAGAUCCUCGUUAAGAUUGGAUAUUCCAAAUGGCCUAAUUCAGCUCCAAUCACUCUUGACCUAAAGACCCCCCAUUUAUUUAUCCACAUUUUCAUCAACUUCCCCCCAGAUUCUGCCCAUCACCCACCCACUCACAAGCAAGAAUGUCAUUGUCCUAUCAGGAAGCAAUGAAUAUUAAGGCUGAUUCACAAAAAUUAAUAUCAUAUUUUUAUAAUAAUAUAUUAAAUAGAGAAUCACCCUCAACAGAAGCAUUAAGGGAAGAUUGGGAACAUGAGCUAAUGAUAAAGAUCUCGAAGGAUAGAUGGGAAAAAUAUUUGAUGAAUACACAUAACUGUUCUAUUAAUGCAAGACAUAAUUUAAUUCAAUUCAAAUUAUUACAUAGACUAUAUUAUUCAAAAACGAGGUUGAAUAAAUUUUAUCCAGACGUCUCUCCCAGAUGCGAUAAAUGUUUGUUUCAAAACGCUAAUAUAACACACUCAUUUGUUGGAUGUACAAAGUUGAAUAAAUUUUGGAGUGAUAUAUUUGAUAUAUUUACAAAGCUUUUCAAGUCAAGAAUAGAACCCAAAACGGAAUGGAUUAUAUUUGGAAUAAUAGGAGAAGAUACCAAUUUAAAUAAAGAUCAAAAUGUUUUUUUUAAUUAUGGGUUAAUAAUUGGAAAGAAAUUGAUACUUAAAUUUUGGAAAAAUACAACUACACCAACUGUUAAAAUGUGGAUUAGGAAUAUAAUGGACAUAGCACGCCUUGAAGAAAUGAGACUCCGACUAAUAGAUAAAUAUGACCAAUUCUUAAGGAGUUGGUCUCCUUUCAUCGACUUUUUGGAAUCAUGUGAUGCAGCGGUACCGUAAAGAUUGCUGAUUUCAGUUCAUGACGCGGAUAGAUCUACAUCUCCGAAUACAGAUUUGAAAAAUUCUCUUUUAAGGGGCCUUCUCUUCUAUUUCUACUUUCCACUUUCUCUCUUCCUUUUUUAUUUUUUAUAUACACACUUCACGUUUUUCUACUCUCUACCAUCUAUUUUUCCACUUUUUCCCCUUUCUAUUGUUUUCUUUUUCUUGUCCUGCUUACUUCCUUCUCAUAACAUAAAACUAAAGGUUGUACAUAGAAUGGAUUACGGUAUUACAUAGUUGGCACCUAAAAUUAGGUUCCACUGUACUGUUUUGUGCUGUAUUAACUUCUAAUAAAAUAAACAAAAAAACAAAAAAAAAACGCAUGACCAUAAACUCACUUGAACUUGAACUUGAACUUGAACUUGAAUUACAGCACCAAUUAACGUGAAGGAAAUGAAGGAAAAAUCCACCUGCCUCCCAGACCAUCUCUCCUACCUCUGCUCAUCUUUAAGGAUCUAUUAAUCUACUUUCUGAAGUUCCUUUAGCAAUGUAAUAAAUGCUUUGGUACUUUCCUGAAUCGCGUGUGUUCCGUGAUUAUGUCUGAGUUACAGGUCGGCACAAUGGUUGGCAAAUUGACAAGGUCUCCCAACGACAGGAGGUGGGAUGAUGGCGAUCCACGUGAUCCAAAUUACCCCUCUCAGUCCUUCCAGAGUUGCUGCAGAGUCUUCUGACCCCUUGUGUGCCCAGGGUGUGGUGGUGCUUGCGUCACUGUGGAGCCACGCCCAUCAAAUGAAAGGGCAGGACGUGUGAGAUGUGGCAAGUAUAAAAUAUUUGUGUGGCGUGGAAGUAUCAGAAGUAGCAAAUUGGACGACCGUGUGGGCAAGGACAUGGCGACACUGACCCUGGUACUGAACCGUGUUCGCAGGGGGGAAACUUUCAUCUCCAUUUAUUCCUCUAGCUGAUGCAGGACAAAUCAAAAUAGGACGUACAUGGUAAAUGGUAGGGAAUUGAAGAAUGUAGGUGAACAGAGGGAUCUGGGAAUAACUGUGCACAGUUCCCUGAAAGCGGAAUCUCAUGUAGAUAGGGGGUAAAGAAAGCUUUUGGUGUGCUGGCCUUUAUAAAUCAGAGCAUUGAGUAUAGAAGUUGGGAUGGAAUGUUAAAAUUGUACAUGGCAUUGGUGAGGCCAAUUCUGGAGUACGGUGUACAAUUUUGGUCGCCUAAUUAUAGGAAGGAUGUCAACAAAAUAGAGAGAGUACAGAGGAGAUUUACUAGAAUGUUGCCUGGGUUUCAGCAACUAAGUUACAGAGAAAGGUUGAACAAGUUAGGGCUUUAUUCUCUGGAGCGCAGAAGGUUAAGGGGGGACUUGAUAGAGGUUUUUAAAAUGAUGAGAGGGAUAGACAGAGUUGACGUGGAAAAGCUUUUCCCACUGAGAGUAGGGAAGAUUCAAACAAGCGGACAUGACUUGAGAAUUAAGGGACUGAAGUUUAGGGGUAACAUGAGUGGGAACUUCUUUACUCAGAGAGUGGUAGCUGUGUGGAAUGAGCUUCCAGUGAAGGUGGUGGAGGCAGGUUCGUUUUUAUCAUUUAAAAAUAAAUUGGAUAGUUAUAUGGAUGGGAAGGGAAUGGAGGGUUAUGGUCUGAGCGCAGGUAUAUUGGACUAGGGGAGAUUAUGUGUUCGGCACGGACUAGAAGGACUGAGAUGGCCUGUUUACGUGCUGUAAUUGUUAUAUGGUUAUAUGUUAUAUGGUGAUGUCUUUUUGUUCUAUUUCACAGAUACCUCUGGUGAGUUUAUUCCUCCUUCUGACGUCUGAAAGUCUUGGAAACGAUAUCACGGAUGCUCUCAAGAACAAGCCCGAAUGGAAAGAUGUUUUGGAGUUCAUAAAUAAGACAGAGGCCAAGCUCCGGAGUCUGGCCCGAAAGAACUCCGGCAGUAAAGUUGUUUUUCAAGUCGAGCACUCAGGGAUCCCAACUAUUGUGCAUGCUCCGAAUAUUAUAAAAUUUGACACCAUUCUGGUGAACAAACGCCUCGGCUACAAAGCGGACACAGGAACGUUCACUUGCCGAAAGAGUGGCCUGUAUUUCUUUGGCUUCUCCUCACUGGCAACCCGAGGCACGAAGACCGACGUGAUGCUGAUGAAAGACGGGAGCCCAAAGCGUGGCAUCCAUACCGAUAUGAAAGGGAAAAAUGCCCAGGUCGCCAUGAACAACAUCAUCCUGUACCUCAACAAGGGGGAUGAGAUGUGGGUGCAAGUGACCAAAGGCAGCAUCUGGUGUCCGGGGCGUUCCAUCACCUUCCAAGGAUUCCACGUUCCAGAAUAGGAGGAGAUAGCAAUGUUUGGCUCUGCAAACCCAUCCCGCUCUCUGAGCUCUGCAGCUGAAAACAAUCAAACACGGGUUUGAUUGUAUUGAAUAAACAAAGUUUAAAUGCUUCAAACGUGUUUAUUUAUUUAAAAAAUAUAUAUAUUUUUUUAUUAGCAGUACAGUAAAUCACAUUAAUACAUCGCAUAUUGGGCUGGACUGUUCGACCUGCUGCCCUCUGGAAGGCGCUAUAGGUGCAUCAAAUCCAGGACAAAUAGACUCAGAAAUAGUUGCUUUCCGAGAAUUAUAACUACUAUUAAUUCAAAUUCACACAUGCACUGACUUCACUGCCCAACACCCGGACUUCCAUCUGUGUAUAUGUA